AUGGCUCUUCGAUUCGCAGUCUCCAUGCUCGCGGCCCUUCCGGCUGUGAUGGGCCAGUUGACACCUCUCAAGCCAAGUGAAGAUCCAUUCUACCAGCCUCCAGCAGGAUUCGAGGCACAAGCUCCCGGAGCAAUCCUCCGGACUCGACAAGUCCAGGGCGCCUUCGCUGGUCUUCUUCCAGAAUCAGGAAUCGGAAUCAAGACCUUUCAGCUGCUAUAUCGCACAACAGCAAGCAAUGGCUCGGCAAUUUCCACCGCCACAACAGUCUUCAAGCCUUCAAACUCCAAAAACGAUCGAUUCGUGUCAUUCCACACAGCUUACGAUGGCGCAACUACGAAUUGCAAUCCUUCGUACACAUACCAGAUGCUUGCCGAUCCUACGGAUGAGGAUGCUUUUAYAGCCGCAGAAAUGCUCAUUAUCCAAGCCUACAUUUUCUCCGGCUACAUUGUCUCCUCGCCCGAUUACGAAGGACCCGAAGCGGCAUUCGGCGCUGGUCGAAUGACCGGAAUGGCAGUUUUGGAUUCUAUGCGUGCAGUCUCUCAGUUCAGGGAGAUGGGUUUCACGAACAAGACCCCCAAGAUUGUAGGAACGGGGUAUUCCGGUGGAGGUCUCGCUACUGGCUGGGCUGCUUCCCUUCAUCCAACUUACGCCAUGGAAUUGCCGAUUCAAGGCUGGGCUUCGGGCGGCACGAUUGCUAACGUCACGGGAGAACUCAGCUAUAUCGAUGGAAGUUCCGUCUCGGGUUUCUCCACUGCUAUCUUGGAUGGUCUGCUGAAACCAAGUGCAUACGGUGCGGAGCUUCAGCCACUUUUUGACAGGAUCAUUACUCCUUUUGGACAAGGUGCUUUGGAUUUCGCGAAUAUGCACUGUCCUUUACAGAGCCUCGUACCGUACGCAGGAGUGCGUGUACAGUCGACGUCUUUCCAGUCCGAGGGUGAUAGACUCUUCUACGACCCUGUCAUGUCAGCUGUCUUGAACAGAACUAUCAUGGGAGCCGUCAAGCAGGAGACGCCGAUUGUCCCGGUAUAUCUAUACCACUCUCAAAACGACGAGGUCAUUACCUACGCGAACGCCUCGUCCCUCGCGGAGAGAUGGUGUAAUUAUGGCGCUAGCGUUCAAUUCACCAACCUGGCUAACGGCGGCCAUUUCACCGGGGAGAUCAUCGGUUUCGUCAGCGCCUUUCAGUUUGUGGAGUCGGCUUUUGCGGGUACUGUGGCCAAGGGAUGCUCGAGGAAGACGGACCUUUCGACCUCUAUGAAUCCACUCGCGCUGGGUCUUCAGCUCGAGCCGCUGCUGUUCGAUUUGCUCACUUUGCUUGUAAAGGCUGGUCGGGGAGUGCAGUUUGGGGGUUCCAAUGCUUGA